AUGGUGGAAGAUAGAGAGGUUCAAGCUAACAAAGAGAGCUUAGUUUUGGACUCUAUUUAUGUUUCUGGUUGGCAGUGUUCCUCUACUCAUACCUCCACCAAUGAACCAGGUCCAUAUCUUGCUGAUUAUCCUUAUGGCACUGUCCCUAACAAAGUUGAACACCUAUUCAUGGCUCAACAAUACCAUGACAGAAAACAAAGGGAGGCUAGAAUGAGCAUGAGCAGAGAGGAUAGGGCUAGAACUCCGUUUAUCGAUUACUUAAAGCCAAUCAUUGCUGAUGGAGAUACUGGUUUUGGUGGCGCCACCACUACAGUGAAACUCUGCAAGCUUUUUGUGGAGCGCGGCGCUGCUGGCGUGCACAUUGAGGACCAGUCAUCUGUGACUAAGAAAUGUGGUCAUAUGGCUGGCAAAGUUCUUGUUGCAGUUAGUGAACAUAUCAACAGGCUAGUAGCUGCAAGGCUGCAAUUUGAUAUUAUGGGAGUGGAGACAGUUCUUGUGGCAAGAACUGAUGCAGUAGCAGCAAAUUUGAUCCAAAACAAUGUUGAUACAAGGGAUCACCAGUUAAUUUUAGGAGCAACAAAUCCAAAUCUCAAAGGCAAGAGUUUGGCCACAAUUUUAUCUGAAGCAAUGGCUGCUGGCAAAACAGGACCAGAACUUCAAGCCAUUGAGGAUAAUUGGACAGCAAUGGCACAACUUAAGACAUUUUCUGAAUGUGUUGUUGAUGCAAUAAAUAAAAUGAACAUUUCGGGGUCCGAAAAGGAAAGAAAAUUGAAUGAAUGGAUGCAUUAUUCAAGCUAUGAAAAGUGUCUUUCACUAGAACAAGGCAGGGAAAUUGCUGAAAGAUUAGGCCUUUCUAAUCUUUUCUUUGACUGGGAUUUGCCAAGAACUAGAGAAGGGUUUUAUAGGUUUAAAGGGUCUGUAGAGGCUGCUAUCGUUCGAGGCUGGGCUUUCGCGAACCACGCUGACAUUAUCUGGAUGGAAACUGCUAGUCCUGAUUUGGUUGAGUGCACAAAAUUUGCUGGAGGAGUUGAGUCAAUGAGGCCUGAAAUUAUGUUGGCUUAUAAUUUGUCUCCUUCAUUCAAUUGGGAUUCAUCAGGAAUGAAUGAUUUUCAAAUGAUGGAUUUUAUUCCGAAAAUCGCCAAGUUAGGUUACUGUUGGCAGUUUAUUACAUUGGCUGGUUUUCAUGCUGAUGCUUUAAUUGUUGAUACAUUUGCUAAGGAUUUUGCUAAGAGAGGAAUGUUGGCAUAUGUUGAGAAAAUACGAAGAGAGGAGAGGAAACAUGGAGUUGAUACAUUAGCUCAUCAGAAAUGGUCUGGUGCUAAUUACUAUGAUAGAGUUCUUAGGACUGUACAAGGAGGCAUCACCUCUACUGCUGCUAUGGGCAAAGGGGUGACUGAGGAACAAUUUGAGGAAAAAUGGACAAGGGAAGGAGCAACAAACUUGGGUGAUGGAAAUAUGGUGAUUGCAAAGGCAGGAAUGUAGAAGAAAAAUAUGUUCUUUUGAGUAUGAAUGCAAGUAGAAUAACAUAUUUCAGCUUUCAAUAAUUCUGCGGGGAUUCAAAUCAAUCUGGGAAAAUUUAUUUGUUUUUGGACUUUAAUUUGAUUUACAAAGGAUAUUGU